AUGGUUUUGUGUCUGUAAAGAGAUCAUCUCUCACUGUGUUGCAUUAUUGCUUUCUCUUCAAACACUUCAUAACGUCACAAGUUUCUUCCAUGGAAUUCGCCUCUUCAACUUCCAAACUCCCACAUAUGUAUGAUGUGCUGAUUAACUUCAAUGGAGAAGACAUCCACAGGAAAUUUGUUUCUCAUCUCGAUUCUGUCCUCUCUGCUGCUGGACUCACCACUUUCCUUCACCACCAGAAUGCAGUCAACGACAUGGAUAUCCAACAACCUAUUCUCAAUCUCUGUCGUGUAGCAAUUGUUGUUUUCACCAAAACCUAUUCUCAAUCUGCUUGGUGUCUUCAUCAGCUUCAACAAAUCAUUGAGUGGCACAAAACUUAUUACCGACAUGUUCUGCCCGUAUAUUACGAAAUUCAGCCAUCUGAUGUGCGUCUUCAGACGGAAGAUUUUGGAAAAGACCUCAAAGCAACUGCACAACAAACAUUUUCAGCACAACAACUGGAGCAUGGGAGGUCCAUGUGGAGCCACGCACUCAGCAAAACUGCAGAAUUUUUUGGAUGGGAUGAGAGCAAUUACAGGAGUGAUGCUGAACUAGUGGACACAAUUGUUAAAAGCAUUCUUAAUUUACCCGUCUUGUCUGCUACUAAAUUUCCAAUUGGUUUACAACCCCACGUGGAAGAUGUGAUUCAAAUUAUAAAAAAUAAAUCCAAUGGGGUUUGUACUGUAGGGAUAUGUGGAAUUGGAGGAUCCGGUAAAACCACACUUGCCAAAGCCAUCUAUAACCAAAUUCAUGCUAAAUUCUUGGAGAAAAGUUUUAUUGAAGAUAUUUCAGAAGUUAGUCGAACACGAAUGCAUGCUCAUUUACAACAACGACUUCUUUCAGAUCUCCUAAAAACAAAGGUGGAGAUACGUAGAGUUGAGAUGGGAAGAAAUAUGAUUAGGGAAAGACUUUAUGGGAAAAAGGUGCUCAUUGUACUUGACGAUGUGAAUGAGUAUGGGCCAUUGGACCUAUGGGAAAGUAGUGCAAGGUUCGGUGAAGGAACUGUAAUAAUCAUUACAUCAAGAGAUGAAAGCCUACUGAGGACACAUCAAGUUGAUUCUAUUUUCCGGAUGAAUCUAAUGAACCCAAACAAGUCCCUUGAGCUUCUUAGUUGGCACGCAUUUAGAGAUGCAAAACCAAAAGAGGAAUGUCAUUUCCUUGCAAAAAUGGUAGUUGAUUAUUGUGGAGGACUACCACUAGCUCUUGAAGUCAUUGGAUCUUUUUUAUAUGAAAGGACUAAAGAAGAAUGGAAUAAAGUAUUGUCAAGAUUAGAAUGUCUUCCCCAACAUGAAGUUAUAGAGAUAUUGAAAAUAAGUUUCGACGGUUUACCUAAUGAAAUUGAAAGAAAUUUAUUCCUUGAUAUAUGUUGUUUCUUUGUUGGUAAUGACAGAGUCUAUGUUACCAAGAUCUUAAAUGACUGUGGAGUAGACCCUGAUAGAGGAAUAAGAGUUCUCAUAAAGCGUAACCUCAUAAAAGUUAGAAAGAACAACAAAUUUGGAAUGCAUCCUUUGCUACGACAAAUGGCAAGACAAAUUAUUAGCGAAAUUUUAAGUAAGGAACCUGGGAAAAUCAGUGGGCUGUGGCUUGAUGAGGAUAUGGAACAUGCACUGUCAUGGUAUACUCUAUUUUCAUCACAGCAGACAAAAGUCAUUGAAAGAUUGCCUAGCGGAAGAGAUUUCUUCGAACGUUAUCCUUAUCCUUCCGAGGUAAGAGAGCCAUCAAGAACACCGGUGAAUCUGGCUGGAGUUUCUUGGUCCCUUUAUGAGAAAGUAAGAUGGGUCAGUUUGAAAGGGUUUUCUUCAGAAUACCUACCAAACGACUUUUAUCUGCAUGAUGCAAUAGUGAUUGAUUUAAAACACAAUCUUCUUCGACUGGUCUGGAAAGAACCUCAGGUCUUGGCGCGGCUAAAAGUCCUUAAUCUUAGUCAUUCCAUUUACUUGACAGAAACCCCUGACUUUUCGAGACUACCAGCUCUCCAACAACUCAUUCUCAAAAAUUGCCAAAGAUUGCGUGAAGUACACCGCUCUAUUGGAUUUCUCUACAAUCUUACAUUACUAAAUUUGAAGGGCUGUACAGGUCUAAGCAAUCUCCCCAGAGAGAUAUAUAUGUUGAAAUCUUUAAAAGCUCUCGUUCUUUCUGGUUGUUCCAAAAUUGUCCUACUGGAGAAAGAUAUAGUGCAAAUGGAAUCCUUGAUAACCCUAAUUUCUGAAAAUACAGUUGUGAAACAAGUGCCUUUUUCGAUUGCAAGUUCAAAAAGCAUUGGAUAUAUAUCCUUAUGUGGAUUAGAGGAAGUGUCACAUAAUCUUUUUCCUUUUAUCAUUCGGUCUCAGAUGUCACCAACAAUGAAUCCCCUAUCUUAUAUUCAUACUUUCAGUGAUAUGGAGGAUAAUAGUUGGGAUGACAUUGUACCAUUUUUUAACAGUCUUGCAAUUCUUCGAAGUGUUUUGGUGCAAUGUGACCCCGAGUUUCAACUAUCUAAGCAACUAAAAGCGAUACUGGUGGAUUAUUGUGUAAAUAUUACAGAAUCAAGAAUUUCAAAGCAUCACUUAAGGUCUUGCUUGGUUGGUGUUGGAAGAUACGAAGAAUUCUUCAAUAGUGUCAACGAUGGCAUAUCUGAGGUAUUGGCAAGUAGUGGGUCAUGUGAUGUUUGUCUACCAGGUGACAAUUAUCCUUAUUGGUCGGCACAUAGGGGUGAGGGACAUUCUGCGUCUUUCACUGUGCCUCGGGAUUGUGUGAUGAAGGGCAUGAUUUUAUGUGUUGUUUGUUUAUCAACUCCCGAAAUCAUUGAACCUGAACUUACUACUGUCUUAAUUGGUAAUUACACGAGGUGCACAUUACAGAUACACAACCAUGGCACAGUAAUUUCCUUUAAUGAUGAAGAUUGGCAUCACAUAAUAUCAAAUUUAGGAUCUGGAGACAGAGUGGAGAUUUUUGUGUCUUCUGCUUAUGGAUUGGUGGUUAAGGAGACAGCUGUUUAUUUGAUGCAUGGUGAGCCAAAGAAAAAUUCCCUCAUAAGAUCCAUAAAGAAAAUUAUAAUGUGACUUGGGACACUUAAUGAGCUUAAGAAUUUCUUCCAUGGGAUUCGCGUCUUCAUCAUCCAAACUCCCAUUGAUGUUCGAUGUAAUCAUCAAUUUUCAUGGAGAAGAAGUCCGUAAGAAAUUUAUUUCCCAUCUCGAGUCUGUUCUCUCUACAGUUGGAAUCACUACUUACCUUCACCACGAAAAUGAAGCAAACGCAAUGCCCA